UAAGAUCACUAGGGUUCUCUAGAGUCUUCACCCAUUCAGCUCAACUCAAACUUCUCUUAAAAACUGUACAACAUGGCUCCGAUCAAUGCUCAAUUGUGUCAUCCUGUUGUGUUCAACAACAAAGGGUUUUGCAAUGUUGGUGUCUACUCGAGAUAUCUUCGACGAUUUUGCGAUCGUCCCAUCUAUCCUUCACUUCCCAUACAUCCCUCUGCUUUCUCGAAGUAUGACAUGAAUAUUCCUGCUCUUCUUCACGACCUCGGGUGGCAAUCGCUGGUGGAAAAUAUGCGGUUCAGUUACUGUCCAUAUGAUGUUCGUUUAUUCUAUAUAAACAUUCAGCGUGGCCCUGGUACUGAUCCUGCCUUUUUCACAACAAUUGUGUUUAACUGCGAGAUCAAGGUUACUCCAGAGCUGUUGGCCACAUCUCUUGAUCUCCCUCAUACUAGUCUUUGUGUUGGCACUGACAGUGAAUUCGGGGCAUUGGGGUUUGACUUUAUGGUUUCCCUUGAGUCCCUCACCUGUGACCUAUGUCAAUUUUUCCCUUAUCGUUUUGCUGCUGGUCGGCUACCUGAUGAUCUCAAGGUUCUUCACUUCUUCCUUACCAGAAGUUUUCUACCUCGUGAUCUAUCUACCAUAGAUCUUCUUCAUUCCUCAGAUCUAUGGGUCUUGUCUCAUGCUCGAGCUGGCACUCCCAUUAGUUAUGCUUCUCUUAUGUUUCAUCACAUGCUCAGGUAUGGGAUGAAAUAUUUUGGAGGUCCUCUGCCUUUUGGCCCCAAAAUCACCAGACUCCUCUCCUUCUUACGCAUUGAUAUGCGUGAUAAACUUCAUCAAUGCAAUGUCCAAGACGAUUUGCACCCUCAGCAUGUGCUUGCGAAGUUAGAUGCCCUUGUUGGGCCCUGUAAGCCUCUCACUGGCUCAGGGGGAGUCAAAGCUGGUCCUGCAACUGGUUCUGCAUCUUAUUCAUCUAGGAGACUAGUUGGUGCACAUGUUGAUGCCGCCGUUACUGUAAUCAAGCGCGAGUCAUCAAGUGAAGUGUCCCAAGUUUGUCACCUUGAAAAAACUUAGGCAGGAGGAUCUGAUGUGUCCCAAGUUUGUCUAUGAGUCUGGAUCAAUUAAUGAUCCUCUUAGCUCUUAUUUAGAAUAAGAAUCCAGUGAGGCUAGUGAUGAAGAUUGUGUUUCUGAAUAUGAGCCUCCACCAGAGUAUCCUUUCUAGGGAGGUAUAAUGUAGGGGGGGCAUCUUAUGUUCUUUUCGAAUUUAUCAGUGAAUGUUUAAUAAGGAUUCUGUAGGGGUUUCUAAUUGUAGUAUGGAAAUUUUCUAAUGAAAAAAGAAGUUAAGG